AUGUCUUUUUUGAAAUCAUUCAUUACCAAACCUAAUUUUGCUAAUAAAAUUAUAGUUAGAAAUUUUAAUCUCGUACCCUCACCUAUAAUUAGGAAUUCUUCCAAGAUAACAAAGAAUACACGAGUAUCUGGGAUUUUAUCUCGUUAUUUGGCAACUGGAUUAUCAUCAGAACAUGAAGUAUGGAAGUUGGGUCGCUUAAACCAUGUAGCAAUAGCCGUACCAAAUCUCACAAAGGCUAUUGAUUUCUAUAGAAAUAUUUUGGGAGCUCAUGAAGUUAGUGAUGCUAUGUUUGGUAACACCAAAAUUGAACUAAUUCAUCCAUAUGGCGAUAAAUCACCAAUUAAAAAUUUUCUUGAAAAUAAUAAAAUGGGUGGAAUUCAUCACAUUUGUAUUGAAGUCGACAAUAUUAAAGUAUCAGUAAAAGAUUUAACUUCAAAGAAGGUUAGAGUUUUGGAUCCAGAACCAAAAAUAGGAGCACACGGUAAUCCUGUUGUAUUUCUGCACCCCCAAGAUUGUGGUGGCGUUUUAGUUGAAUUAGAAGAAGAACAUGAAGUAUGGAAGUUGGGUCGCUUAAACCAUGUAGCAAUAGCCGUACCAAAUCUCACAAAGGCUAUUGAUUUCUAUAGAAAUAUUUUGGGAGCUCAUGAAGUUAGUGAUGCUAUGCCCCAAACAGAAUAUGGAGUAAUAUACGGUUUGGUAACACCAAAAUUAAUUCAUCCAUAUGGCGAUAAAUCACCAAUUAAAAUUUUCUUGAAAAAAAUAAAAUGGGUGGAAUUCAUCACAUUUGUAUUGAAAUGGGUCGACAAUAUUAAAGUAUCAGUAAAAGAUUUAACUUCAAAGAAGGUUAGAGUUUUGGAUCCAGAACCAAAAAUAGGAGCACACGAUAAUCUUGUAUUUCUGCACUCCAAGAUUGUGGUGGCGUUUUAA